UUUUAGUUAUUCACGUUCCAAAAGUUGCUUCUUAAUAUAUAGGGAUCCAUGGAUCAUUCGUUCGAUCCAAAGUUUUCUAACUAUGAAUUUGUUAUAAGUCUUGUGGUUCAACUCUUGUAAAAUAGCAUAUUGGAUAAAUUUUGCACUGAAGAAUAUGAUUGUACAAUUAAAAAAAUUUGACUGUUGAUAAUAUUUUUUUCCUGAAAUUUGUAUGCAGUGACCAUUCUUACAACAAUUUUACGUGAUUAAGCUGCUUGUAGAACUAAUGAUUGCUUCACCUUGUUUAACUUGGCAGAAAUUUUCUAACUUCAUCUUUCUAUUAUUGCAGAUUCACAUUGUUUUCAUGUUAAUCGUCGUGGAAAGAAUAUAAGGGUGAUGGAACAUGAUGAAAAUAUUCACUAUGUAGGAGAUGGAGAUGGAGAUGGGUUAGGUAGUGGUGCUGCUAAAUAUUUCAUUGGUUCAAUUCUACUGGGCUGGCAAGGGGACUACAAGGAUUCCUGUUAGUGGAGUUUAUGGUCCCCUCAUGUCAGCUUUCUCUAUUGUUUCUAGUGAGUUGUAUGAUGGUUCAGCAUGUGUAUUGUAAUUUUAACAUGUUUUUGAUGACUUUUUCUUAGAUAUUGGAUUAUAAGAUAACAUCUCAACUGUAGGUCAUUUUACAUAUUUCAGUUCCCCUAAAGGAUAUUUUAGGGUAUGUAAUAUAAAAUCAGGCUACUAGGUUAGUUAUGACAGGACAUCUUUCUAUGUACCGAAAUAAAAAAUUGUCUUUUGUCUUAGGAUGAUGCUUAUUUUGAGACAGAGGGAGUAUAAUUUAUGUAUGGAUUAAUUACUGUAUUAAUUUUGAAUUUUUGACAAGUAGUCGUCAAAAACUGCUCGAGAUUUGUGUUGAUGGUAUGGCUUCUAUUGGCGUUCGUGCUUAUGCAAAGUUACACUGCAAACUUGACUUCUAUAAUGACCUUGGUCAGUUAAGACCCCGUUUUCUGAGAAAAGGGGAGGGUUAUUAUGUUGGAUAUCAAACUGGGUCUUUCGUUAAAGAUGUGUUAUUUAAGCAAUUUAAAUUUGACCCAUCCAAGCUGAGGUCAUAUAGCAACAGUGCUGAGUAUUAUAAGGCUUUAAAAUCUGGAAGCCAAGGUGGUGGUGUUGCAGCUAUAUUCGAUGAAGUGUCCUGCCUUUGCAUUCCCUUUAAACUCCAAUCUCACGGCUUACUUUUCGAGAGCCAUAUUGAAGAAGACUGAAAGUGAUUUAAUGAAAGAAAUUGAGGAAAAUUACUUGGGGAAGAAUGAUGAUAUUGGAGGAGAAGACCCGUCUGCGGAAAUUUCUUCCGCUACUCCAAGUCUCAACUUUCAUAGCUUUUCAGGGCUGUUCUUGAUCACCGGAAUAGCUACUUUAAUAACUCUAUUAGUCUCGGAAACUGUUAUAUGGGAAAAGCCCAUUUUGAUAGCUAAAGCAUACAGUCAGAGGUAUUUGUUCACCACUCCACCUUCUGCAAAAACAAGUGUUCAUCCAACUCAUGACUCAAUACACAGAAUAGAGGUCCUUUAACAAGAUCUUCUCAAAGAUUCCUUGCAGAUUAGAUUAUGUAUGGCUUCGCAAACAAGCUUGAUUAGGGGGGUUAUGUCCGAACUUUAGUUUAACAUGCAGAAUUAUAUCUGUUACAACAGUCAACACUCAUCUUGCGCACUUUUUGGCCUUCAAUUGGAUCUUAAACAUAUAUAUGUAAAUGCAUACAUCAUGCAUAUGAUUAGAAAUUGAAUCAUAACUGAAAGGGUCUGCUAGGGUUUUGUUAUAUCUAUGUGAUCGCAUUGUA